AUGGAUUACUUAUUAAUAAUAAACAUUAUUCUUACAAAUUCUGGUGUUUUAAAGUUAAUAAAAUUACAAAUAGCGUCAGUUGUGUGUAGACGUUCCACCAUGUCGCGUCGUCAGUUUACGUUGGACGAAAAAAUCGGUAUAAUCGGGCGUUUAGAAAAUGGUGAGAAAAACAGCGUAAUUUCAAAAGAAUUCGGCACCUGUUCGUCGACAAUUUCGACCAUAUGGAAGAACAAGGAUAUGAAGGUACAGAUGCUGAAAGAAAAGCGUUGUCUUUUUUAG